UCGGAGGCAGAACCCUUUUCUGGAAGCAUAUAUUUGCUUCAAAUUCAGCGAAAAUUCUAAUUCAUUGUCAACUUGCUAGCUCUCUUUCUUCGCUUUACUCCUUUUUCUGAAUCAGGUCUAGCUAGCUAGGUUUUCCUCUUCACAGUUUAGAGCUCUCUCUUCUUGCUCUUAGAAAUUAAUAGCCCUCUACUUUUGCAUUUCUGGGUUUCAUUUGUUUUUUCUUACUGUAAGCACUUAAUUUCUGCUACAAAAUUUUAAGCUUGGAGAUUGUCGAUACAAGGAGAGAGAGAAAGAGAGAGAGUCAUGGAUUAUAGAAAUGAUGUUGACAAAAUAGACGAAGUGAUGUUGCCAGGGUUUAGGUUUCACCCAACAGAUGAGGAGCUUGUUGGGUUUUAUCUGAAGAGGAAGAUUCAACAGCGGCCUCUUUCGAUCGAACUGAUAAUAAAGCAACUAGACAUCUACAAAUACGACCCGUGGGAUCUUCCAAAGUUCGCGACUACUGGGGAGAAGGAGUGGUAUUUCUACUGUCCUAGGGACAGAAAAUAUAGAAAUAGCGCAAGACCUAAUAGGGUUACAGGAGCUGGGUUUUGGAAAGCCACGGGAACCGAUAGGCCUAUCUACUCAUCAGAAGGCAACAAGUGCAUAGGCUUGAAGAAAUCCCUUGUUUUCUACAAAGGUAGAGCUGCCAGAGGGAUCAAAACCGAAUGGAUGAUGCAUGAGUUUCGGUUACCUUCUCUCACUGACUCCGCACCACCAAAGAGUUUCAUCGACAAAACUAUUCCUGCCAACGACUCAUGGGCAAUAUGCAGGAUAUUCAAGAAAACCAAUUCCACAGCACAGAGGGCUCUCUCGCAUUCUUUGGUUUCUCCAUUGCCUGAACCUUCAACUUCUCCUUUACUUGCCAAAGGCUCACAAGUUAGCAGUCAUCAACAGUUCAGUUCACAAAACAUGCCACUCACUACAGAAACCAGCUCAGGCAUCCAUUUGAACUAUAACAAUCAUGAGAUACAACGCUCUUUUGUUGCAAAUUUGUCUGCUUUAGGUUUUUCGACCUGCAAGCCAAUGAAUAAUAAUAGCAGCCCAUUGGCAAGCAAACUCUCUCAGCUUCCCAUUUCAAACGGAGACCUGACGGAGAAUUUUUUCCUUCAACCUGUUGGAACAUUAGCUCAUGCAGCAAAAUGCACGGUUGACGCUUCUUCUGUGCUGUUAAACAUGUCCUCCUCAAUGCUUGGAGAUUUUGGUGACCAUAAGCUGGCCAGUGAUGAGAGUAGCACAGAUUUUGCUGGACCUCAAGAUCAACAUUGCAGUGGCUUUUCAUUAACUUGUUUGCCACAAGUAAUGCAAGCGAAUGCUGGUGACAAUGCAUUGAUAAAGAAUCCGAACGCGACACAUAUGGAUGAUCAGUGGGAGACAGUUCGUUCCAUUGGAUUACCCUUCAGUUUGCCUGUGAGUGUAGGUGAUGCUUGGAAGCCAAACUUGCUUUGGGAUUCUUCCUCAUGUCCUAUUGAGAUGUCCACAAGUUUUUCCACAAACUAAGUGCUAAUACAUGAGUACAUCAUUAAUAUAGUUAAAGGAUUUGUCUUCAAUGUCCGGCCACAAGUGUUUAUGUUAGGAAAGUAAGAGAAGAAUUAUGUUU